AUGUCGGCUGUCAUUUUUUUUAUGCUGAAUAGAAGCAUCUAUUUUUGCAUUCGUUUUUUUUUGGUUUUUCUCGAAAAAAAUUUUCCUUUAGCGUUCUGUAUUUGUCGAUUUAUUUUCUUUCUGUCUGGUUUUUCCUUAAUUUUUUCCGGGUUUUACAUUUCCUCAUGUUGUUCUUUCUUUCUUUCUUUCUUUCUUUCUUUCUUUCUUUCUUUAUUUCUUUCUUUCUUUCUUUCUUUCUGUUCUUCCUUUCUUUCUUUCUCAUUCAUAUAUUCUCCUCAUUCUGUAUUUCUCUAUUUUCUUGAUUCUGCAUUUCCCCAUUUUCUUUCUUUUUCCUUCUGUUAUGUACAUGCUUUCUUCCUUUUCUAUAUUUUGCAUUUUCCCAUUUUUUUUGUUUCAUUGUCUCUUUCUUUUACGUACAUAAUUUCUUUCUUUUUUUUCUUAUAUUUAAAAUGUUUUCCUAUUUAUUCUUUAUUUCUUUUUUCCGUUUUCAUUUUUAAUUCCUUCAUUUCGCCUCUUUCUUUUUUUUCUUUCCUUCUCAAUGUCCCUGUCUCUCAUUCAUUCUUCGAUACUUUCCAUCAUAUUUCUUUUUUUUUCUUUGUUCUUUUUUUUUUUUUGAAUUUUUAUUCAUUUUGUCAAAAUCAACACCAAAAUAUAAAUAUUAUAUUUCGGGCGCUGACGAUCGAUUGCCUCCAUUUGCUGUACUGA